AUGAGAUUCAUAUUAUUAUUACGCUCACUUUCGCAACUUCACGGUUGCUCGUAACAUUUUAUCUUUUCCACCUAAUUUUUCUUUUAAAGAAUUUACGUGUGUUUGUUAUCUAAAUUGGGCGCAGUUAAUAACAUACAGACAAGUCAACAAGAACAGUUUUUAUUGUAUUUUAAAUGAGUGAGCUAAGGGUAAUCGAAAAUAACGAUUGUAACGGUAAUAUUACAAUCGAUGGCGAUGAGAAGAAAAAGGACGAUGUUGAGGCUCCAUCGAGAGACACUUGGGGGAAAGGAGUCGAAUUUUUGAUGUCUUGUAUUGCGAUGUCGGUUGGGUUGGGAAAUAUUUGGAGGUUUCCGUUUACAGCGUAUCAAAACGGAGGGGGGGCUUUUCUUAUUCCGUAUUUAAUUGUUUUGUUGCUUGUCGGGCGCCCCAUGUAUUAUUUGGAGAUGUGUUUGGGGCAAUUUACAAGUUUUGGGAACGUUAGGACUUUUUAUAAAAUGGCCCCAAUAUUAAAAGGAAUUGGUUAUGGACAAAUGUUGGGUUCAAUGGCGGUGGCAACUUAUUAUUGUUCUUUAGUGGCGUUAACACUUUUCUACUUAAUAAAUUCCUUUACAAGUGAUUUACCUUGGUCGAAAUGUCGCGAAGAGUGGCAAGAACAUUUAUCAAAUCAAGGAAUUAAUUGUAUACCAUCAAACGGAAACGUAACAGCUAACGAAAGCGCGAAAAGUUCGUCAGAAUUAUACUUUAGAAUCGAAGUGUUGAAAGAAAAGGAUGAAAUUUACACCGGAUUAGGAGUCCCGGAAUGGCGACUCACGUUAUGUUUAAUAUUUUCGUACUUUGUGUUAUUUGUAAUUAUACGAAAUGGAAUUAAAAGUUCCGGAAAGGCGGCGUAUUUCUUGGCAAUUUUUCCGUACGUGGUAAUGUUCGCGCUACUGGGUCGCGCCGUAACUUUGCAAGGGGCCGGAACUGGAAUGUUAUAUUUCAUCGAACCGAAAUGGGAGAAACUAUUAGAGGCCCAAGUUUGGUACGCGGCCGUAACUCAAUGUUUUUUUUCGUUAAAUGUCGGUUUUGGGACAAUCACCAUGUUUUCAUCUUACAAUAACUUCAAACAAAACAUUUACAGAGAUUGUUUAAUCGUUUCAUUAUUAGAUACUUGCACUUCGUUACUUUCCGGGACCACGAUAUUCGGUAUUCUUGGCCAUUUAGCUUUUAAAUUAAAUGUGGACGUUUCGAAAGUUAUAAACGCGGGUGGAACUGGAUUAGCUUUUAUUUCUUAUCCAGAAGCGAUUGCUAAAUUCGACGCGGUUCCGUGGUUAUUCGCAAUCUUAUUCUUCUUUAUGUUGUUUGUAUUGGGAAUUGGAAGCAUGGUGGCUUUACAAGGAGUCGCUGUUACUGUGAUUAUGGAUAGUUUUCCUCAUUUAAAAACUUGGAUGGUUUCGUUAGGAACAAUAACUGUUGGAUUCUUAUUUAGUCUGGUUUACGUAACCAAUGGUGGUCAAUUUAUUUUUACAUUGGUCGAUUUCUUUGGUGGAACAAUGAUAUUUUUAAUAUUAACAAUUUUUGAGACAACAUCCGUAUUUUGGUGGUAUGGACUUGAAAAUUUCUGCGACGACAUCGAAUUCAUGUUAAAACGAAAAGUGGGAUUUUAUUGGCGAUUAAGCUGGGGCAUCGUGAAUCCCAUCAUUUUAAUCGUCGUCUUUUUUUAUUUCGUAGUCACGAUGGAACGAUUGACGCACGAAAACAAGCAAUUUCCCGAUUCGGCAAUAGCAUUCGGUUGGGUGAUAAUCGCGGUGGGAGUUUUAUUCAUCCCGAUUUGGUGGGGUUAUUAUAUUUGUCAUAAUAAAAAUUCCGAUUUCGAUUAUAAAGAGGUGAUAAAAAAAUCUUUAUCCCACGAAAAAUGGGGCCCGGCUAAUUCGGCGAAAUCUCAAGAAUGGAAACUUUACAAAGAAGAAUUAGCUUUAAAACGAAAGGAAUCGCGUAUAUCUGGGUUUAAACGAAAACUUUUUAUUUUAAUUGGUGUUAAAUAUUAUUAAUUACAU